UUCUCUCAUAUCGUCAUCCAGCUAUGAAACAGAAAGUACUAUUCUCUGCAAGAGGCCAAAUUGACUGCACAGACUCUGGUCUAUCUUCAGUGGUUGGCGCACAGACCAUCAUUGCGAAGAUAACAUCACGGCGUGUCGUUACAAAACUGGUUUUGAGCCAUAAUCAGCUCUCAGACGACGGCUGUAUAGUCCUAUUCACCUUCCUAUCCUCCAGUUUGGGCAGAAAGUACCACAUCGCGGAAAUAAGCCUGAACUCUAACGCAAUUGGCGACAGGGGUCUUGAAGCCAUUAGCUCUUAUUUGAUCGGAAAUGUUCAUGUGAAGGAGCUGUAUCUCCAGAACAACAACUUUACAGCGAAUCCCGAGGUGGUGCUUUCGUUCACUCGAGCCUUGAACCGAUCCAAACUCGGAACAUUAGUUCUCACAACUAACCAUUCUCUCUCCGACGACUUCACCCGACUAUUCUUCCCCACUCUCGACUGUCCCUCUCUCAAAGAACUGCAUCUAUCCGCAACAGGGAUCACUUACCAUUCCGUUCCUUCAAUCACCGACUUUAUAACGUCCCCUCGAUGUCGUCUACGCACCCUCAGACUGAACGGAAACGCUCUUGGAUUUCGUGGGGUGCGAAAAAUCGUCAGCACAGUCGAGAACGGGAACUUUACCCUCCUCAGCUUGGAAUUACAUGCAAACCAGCUUAUAGGUGCUCAAGGUAGCGAAGACACUUCUGGCGAUGAUGAAAAUGACGCAGUCGUCACCUCAGAAUCUUGGAAGGAUUCCGACAGUCUACUGAAGCGCAUUCUAACGAGGAACUUGCAUCUGAAAAGGGCGGUCGAGAAAGAAGCUUCAGAGUUGUUGGUAUAUUCGAGGGUGGUGCUCUUGCGGCCUGGUAAAGGAUCUCGCGUGGGCAAAUCAAGCCAGCCAUGUUCGGAUUCUUGUUCAUGCAUACAUGACACUGGAACAUCAGCUCCUACUCUCGAUCCACCUGGAAACACUUUCACAUUCCCUUUCACAGUAUUACCUACCGAGCUCCAACUACAAAUUCUAUCUCUUUUGGCACCCACACUAUCGCCGCGACAACGCUUCAACAUAUUCACAUAUGCUUCCUCCCCAGCGACCCUUCCCCCCUUGUUGCCUUGUCUCUCCUCGCGUUCUUCGGAGACGAAAGUUUGCAUUCCCGAUCCCACAAAUAGCAUGAUGGACGCGAUAACGGACACGGAUGGCCUUGUUCUCGCUCUCGGUAUUGAUCCGACGCCAGCUUCGAAACCAACAAUUUGGUCACUCUCGAAUGCAACCCCUACACAUAAUAAAUGCGCGUCAGGGAAAUGUAUGGGUAAGGCGGGGAGUGUUUUGUGUCAUCGAUUACAAGAAAGGAUUCGGUGGCUGGAAGAAGUGAACUGUACGGCUUUUGACCCCACUUUUUAUGCGCCGGUGGACACGUAA